AUGAGCGUUCGGGUUGUUGCACGUAUUCGCCCACUCUUGAAGUCAGAGCGAGAGUUGGACGUCAUCCUCCGCAGCGGAUCGAACCAAGUGGUACCCGGGAAGGUCGAGAAAAAGAGCUCACAGGAAAAUGCAAAGUUGGCAGCAUUAAGGGAUCGGGAUACUAUGGUGCGGAUCCCAAACCCAAAGAAUGAAAACGAGGAGUAUUCUUUCCAGUUCAAUGCUGUGUACGACGCGGAUGCCUCGCAGCAGGAGCUCUUCGACGCAGAAGUUGCACCUACAACCAAACACCUUUUCAACGGCUUUGAUGUCACACUGUUCGCAUAUGGAGUGACAGGGACCGGGAAAACGCAUACUAUGCGAGGCGGUAAAAGCCUAGCGGAUAGAGGCGUGAUCCCCCGUUUUUUGAGUAGCAUUUACAGGCGCAGCCGCAAGAUUGAAAAGGAUAGCGAAGGAAAGACGACAGUCAACGUUUCCUUAAGCUAUUAUGAGAUUUACAAUGACAAAGUCUACGACUUGUUCGAGCCUCCGGAGAAGAGAACAUUUGCAGGGUUGCCCCUUCGAGAUAAUGGCGGGAAGACUGUAGUUGUAGGUCUGACGGAGAAACCUUGCUCGAAUCUGAAGGAGUUUGAGGCCCUGUACGAUCACGCAAACAUAAACAGAUCGACAUCUGCAACGAAGUUAAAUGCUCACUCCUCGCGGUCUCAUGCUAUCCUAUGUGUCAAGUUAACAAUUGCUUCUGAUGAUAAGAUUUGUGUCAGUACCGCAUCCGCCAUCGAUCUAGCUGGCUCCGAAGACAACCGCCGGACAGACAAUGACAAGGAGCGCAUGGUUGAAUCUGCCAGUAUCAACAAAAGCCUUUUCGUUUUGGCACAGUGUGUGGAGGCGAUCGGUAAAAAGCACCAAAGGAUCCCGUACCGGGAAUCUAAGAUGACAAGAAUCCUAUCAUUGGGCCAGAACAAUGGGUUGACAGUGAUGAUUCUCAACCUUGCACCCGUGAAGUCCUAUCAUUUGGACACAUUGAGCUCGCUCAAUUUUGCUAAUCGUACGAAGAAGAUUGAGGUGCGUGAGGUGGAGAAUGAGCCGAUUUUCAAGGGACCUUCAAGACCAGCAACGCGGCCUUCCGUAACAAGCUCUCAACGACAACCUCUACGACCGUUGACAGCGUCUGUAAACGUGAGCCUUGCCGCCGCAACCAACAAGGACGCGGCCAAGCCUGGUGAUGGUAAACCGGUGAAGGCAUUCCACGUCUACUCUGAUAAGCCUCUUCCGAGACAGUCCACGCAGUUCAAGAAGCCGGAAAUGCCCAAACGACCCUCACUGACUUCUGAUCCUCAUUCAUCUCGUCCCUUGAAGACCAGUCGCAUUGCACAACCUAUGCCAGUGCAUAAGCACCAUGAGGACAUCUCCCCGUCGAUGAUCGAGGAAAUGGUGGAAAAGAAAGUAGAGGAAAUCCUAGCCGUCAGGGCUGCCAGUGAACAAUCAAGACAAACUCAAGUCCGCGAAUUGAACGAAAAAGUACAAAAGCGGCUUGAGCUUCUUGAACAGCGUAUCGAGGGUACCGAGGACGCAAGGGCCGAGGGGCUGUCGUACCUGCUCAUGGCUAAACAGCACCAGGGGCGUGGAGAAGAUACCUAUGCGCUGAAGAUGUAUCAGUUGGCGUUGCCCUUCUUCCCAAACAAUGAGAAGCUUGCGACAAAGAUUGCUAGAUUAAAGGAACGUAUCCAGGCCAAACUUCACUUGGAUGCAGGACCCACAGGCACUCCGGCUCCUCCGUCAGCCAAAAGAGAGCUUGGAAGUAUUCUAUCCAUUAAAAAGCAGCCCGCAAAUGUAGGCACCAAGCGUCACGCUUGGGAUAUGGAUUCAGACUACGAGAACCCAGGAGAGAAUUUCGGGGGGAUGAGCGAUGACAACGACUUAGAAGCAUAUCAUCCGAGACGCAAGAAGCGCACCAAGACCAAGUCUCGCAUUGACGAGGAAUCAGAUAUCGUCAAAUGCGAUGAGCCGACACCGUCCCCUCGGACAAUCCACCUUCUAUCGAUCAUUAACUCGCGCGAUGUGAGCCAAAUCAAACUAUUGAAAGGCGUUGGGGUCAAGAAGGCAGAAGCCAUCGUUGAUUGUCUGUGUGAAAUGGACCAAAACCCAGCCGGCCACGUCGACUCACCCCACGUGCAGAUCAACAGUCUCACAGAACUGAGCAAGCUAAAGGGGGUGGGUGUAAAAACCGUUGAAAGCAUGAGAAAUGGGGUUUUGGUAUAG